AUGCUGAUUUAUUCUUUAAUAUUCGUUAAAUCUUAUACUUUGUUUAGUAAUAGAUACGUCCCGUUGGUUAAAGAAGAUAAUGAUAAUGAUUUAAUAUAUGUUAACAAAGAAUUAACUUAUAAUGAAAUUUUUGAAAUAAAACACUCCCAUUUAGUUAGUGGAACAGGCACAUAUGUUGGAAAUGUAUCAUCUGAAGUCCAAAUUACUAACCCAUUUUCAUUAAUAUUCGAACCCCGUUUAGAUCCUGUCAUUUAUACUUGUCUUUCCCCGAUAUGCAAUCUCUCAUUUCUCGAUGUAACAAUUGUUUCUACAGUAAACAAAACAUCAGGAAGCUUUAAAUACGGUGGGCACAGUUCAUUUAAAGAAUCAUUAAUUAAAAUUUUUGGAAAGUUCACAUAUCCCAAUAUAUCAGUUAAUGACGAAUUAACCAGAAUUUAUUUCUCUACAAAAAGCUCUGAUUCUCAGAGUUUCUUUACAUGCCAUUAUGCGUUUAACUUCAAAAAUACAUUUUAUAACCUACUUAGAGGAAUAUUUGUUUAUCAUUUAAGUCCUCAAGGAAGGUCAUCAAAAUAUAGAGUUGUAAAAUCAUCUCAUGAAACCCCAAGGUUGACAUUUUAUAAUCAAUCAAAUUCUCCAAUAAUAGAAAAUGAAGAAACCAAGUAUGAAAGCACAGGAUUUAUACUACUUCCAGAUGUUAAUAUAUAUGAUUCAACAAUAAGCAACAACACUCUAUCAUACACGUUCGAAGUUGAAGAUGACGAAAUUUAUCACAAAAAUGUUCACCAUUUCCCUCCAGAUCUAAGUUUACUUAUUCCUGAUGGAUUUCACACAUUAGAAGAAGUAAAGGAUAUGAACAAAAAUAUGUCGGAAGACUAUAAAAAGAAUCAAACUAUUACUAAUGAAUUAAUUUCGACAUUAGAAGAACUUGAAGAAAAAUAUCCUGUUGAAUCCGAAUAUGAAGGAAUUUCUUAUCGAGACUUUAAUAUUAAAGUUUAUUAUUGGACUAAUCUUACUGUUUUAAUUUUGUUAAUUAUUUGUGGAAUUUACCCUUGUUGCAAAAAAGACGUUGAGGAAGCUUUUGAUGGAUUAGACUCUAAUGAUGACAUGUCAGAUUAUGGUUAG